CCGUCCAGUGAUAUGGCGCCCUCAGGACACCCCAGGGACUGGAGAACCAGCGUCAAAGGCACCAACCUUGAGACAGGCCUGGGGACCAGCUCAGCUGGGAAGCUGGCCAGACAUCAGAGGGCUGUCCCUAUGGCUCACCUGACUUUUGUCAUCGAUUGCACCCGUGGGAAACAGCUUUCCCUUACAGCAUCUCCUGUGCCAGCCCGAGUCUCCAGCCCUCAUCGGGGGCCUGUCACCCUGCCAUUGAAGACCUACAUCGUUUUCUGUGGGGAAAACUGGCCCUCUUCAACUCAGAAGAUCCCCGUGGGUAGCAAAGGCCUUGCCCAGGCCAGAGCUAUGCUGCCGUCCUGCAGAGGGAUUAAUGCCCCAGCUCCCUCCUGGGUUAGCCUGCUGUGCCCCCAGGAGGUUCGUGAAGCUAAGGAGAGACCCUUGAAACCUGUGCCUGUGAGGUCUUCAACCUGGGGUACAGUGAAGAACUCCCUCAGAGUCCUCUCCUCCUGUGUUUGUGGGCAGGCUGAGUAGUCAAAGGCCAGCCAUGGGGGGCAGAGGCCAGCACACCAGGCUCUGAUGCCCCGCCGCUCUGCCCCCACUUCCCUAGCCAAGCCUUCCUGCCUCAGCCAGAGAAAGAACAUUGGAUCCACUAAAGGGCAUCUGAAAUAGCCACCAGGUGUGCCCAAGGCCUUCUUCCUCCCGAUCUCUGCCCUUCAGCACAGGCAGGAUAAGGCUAUUCACACAGCAGACAGUAAUGGGGCGUCUUCUACCUGGCGGGUCCUGGGAAGUGCUGGGGAAGAUACCACAUAGGGAGGGGAGAAAGGUUAAACAAGUAUCUGAGUGAAUAAAGAUGA